AGAGCCAGCCCAGCACAGUGGCUCGCUCAGUGGCUGCCUGGACCCUUGACAGCUGCCCCCACCCAGGAAUCAUUAACAAGCCCCUGGAUGGCUCUUAACCCAGCACAGGUGGGCCCUGGCUCCCCUCCCUGUCCCAAGGAGGCUGAGAGCAGCUGGGGUCCAGGCCUAGCAGGAUGGGGAGGGGCUCCCCCCUUCUCCUCCUCGGGCUCCUGCUGCAGCUCCAGGCUCCCCGUGCUGGGCAGGCCGGGGGGGCAGGGUCUAGCGUACCCCCCUGGCUAGCAGCAUCUGACCCCACACCUCAGACCUGGGCUACAAGCGCUGAGACGCCCGCAGGGACUGGCACCCCCACCGAGGGGACCACAGCACCAGAUGAACCCAGCUGUGGCAGUGGGCAGCCCUGCCCCCCUUGGAGCACCUGCGUGUCCUGGGCUGGGCACUUCUCCUGCCGCUGCACCCUGGGCUUCCAUUUCAACCAGACCAUAGGCUGCGUGCCAGCCAGGAUGUUCCCAGGACGCCUCUCCCUGCGGGCCCCCGCCCCGGCACCACCGAGCCCUCUGCCACCUGCCGACCUGCGCAGGAUCAUUGCCCAGCUGGAGAGCCUGUUCCAGCCUGUCCUGGGGCAACUGGACGCCUAUCUGUCCUCGUCGGUCCUGGACCUGCAGCCGCACAGCCAGGCAGUGACCAUCCUGCACAGCUUCUCGGCGCUCUCGUCCGUCACGGCCCAGCAGGUGGACGAGGCCAUCGUGGGGUUCUGGGUGCAGUGCCAGGCCAGCGACCCGGCCUGCAGCUUCCUGCGGGACACCGUCUCCUACCAGAGCCUGAGUCUCUGUGAGCUGCAGCCCUGCGACCCCGUCUCGACAUCCUGCGUGUUCCAGGACGGGCUGGCCCAGUGCCCCUGCCGGCCGGGAUACCUCCCCGCCCUCGCCAUGGGCCGUGCCUGCGCAGCCUGUGGCAGCGGGUUCUGGCUGCGGGAUGGCGUCUGUGCCAGGUGCCCGUUUGGCUUUGGUGGAUUCCAGUGUGAGGAGCCCUUCCUGCUGGCGCUGGUCGGGGUGUCCUGCGCUGGGGGGGUCCUGCUGCUGCUGCUGCUCACGGCGCUGCUGCUCCUGGGGUAA